AACCAGGAGACCAGGAGUGGCUGACCACCCCCGCCCACCCCGCCCCCGGCCGGCAGGGACGGACUGAGCAGGGCUGCUCCUGGACAUCGGGCCGUCCGCAUGGCAGCCUUCCUCUCCGCAGGCCUUGGGGUACUUGCAGCCUCCGAGACCUACCCCCUGCCCAUGAGCAGCUCCAGCUGGGAGCCCCGGCUGGUUUCUCCGUUCCCAUCAGGCCUUUCCACUGGCUCCACAGGGGCCCAAGCCAUGGGUGAGCCCACCGGGCAGGGCCCCAAGAACCCGCACGUGUCCAGCGUGACGGUCCAGCUGGAGAUGAAGGCUCUGUGGGAGGAGUUCAACCAGCUGGGCACAGAGAUGAUCGUCACCAAGGCAGGCAGGAGGAUGUUCCCCACCUUCCAGGUGAAGAUCCUGGGCAUGGACUCGCUGGCUGACUACGCCCUGCUCAUGGACUUCGUGCCCCUUGAUGACAAGAGAUACAGGUACGCCUUCCACAGCUCGGCCUGGCUGGUGGCUGGCAAGGCGGACCCGGCCACGCCCGGCCGUGUGCACUUCCACCCCGACUCACCGGCCAAGGGUGCGCAGUGGAUGCGCCAGAUCGUGUCCUUUGACAAGCUCAAGCUGACCAACAACCUGCUGGACGACAAUGGCCACAUCAUUCUCAACUCCAUGCACCGCUACCAGCCCCGCUUCCACGUGGUCUUCGUGGACCCACGCAAGGACAGCGAGCGCUAUGCCCAGGAGAACUUCAAGUCCUUCGUGUUCACGGAGACCCAGUUCACGGCAGUGACGGCGUAUCAGAACCACCGGAUCACGCAGCUGAAAAUCGCCAGCAACCCUUUCGCCAAGGGCUUUAGAGAGAGUGACCCGGACUCCUGGACCGCAUCUGCACAGCCCCUGACCAGCGUCCCCGCCCGGAGUCGCAGCAGCCUCGGGCCCUGCCUGCUGAGGGGCUCCGCAGAGCAGGAGAAAGAUCCCAACAAAGCUCCAGCUUCCACCUCCAGGAGCCCUGCUCGGCUCCACCACCAGCUGCUGGCCACCCCUGAGGCUCUGCUGGCCCCCGCCACCUACCGGGCCCUCGCCUAUCAGGACCUGUACCCUGGAGCCUCAAGCUCUCUUGGAAUCCCAAGGGCCCGGCCGACGCCAUAUCCCCUCCCCAAUAUCCAGGCUGACAGGGAUCAGGGGGGCCUGCCCCUCCCGGCUGGGAUGGGGCUCCUGGCCCCCACUGCCACCUGCCUGAGGUCACACCAGGACACUCAGUGAUGAUGGGUACCCUUUGGACACAGUCCUCUUACCCUGGACCCCACGCCCUCCAGCCUCACCUCUGCAGAGACGCCUGCCCUUCCCAAGGAGAGCAGUGAACACAGAAGCCCAGAGGGGGAGGCUACCUGCCCAGAAUCUCAGCAAGGCUGGGAUGGUGCCAGGCUAGGACCAGGCCUCCUACCUCCCGACCUGUCCCCUUCUGCCUUGGGGGUGACUCCUCCAGACCCUGCUCCCCCUCUUCCUUACCCCAAACAUUAAACCAUUUGGCACGGGUGGUCAGAGCGCUUCUGUCCUCAGGGCUGAGGGUGGAGAGCCUCAGGGACACUCCAAUGCCAGAGCCUGGGCUGCAGACACCCCAAAGCUCUCCCAGUGCCACCGGCAUCCCUGGAAGCACAGUGAUGGUAAAGGUGGUGACACCAGCAGGGGCAGGGCUGGGUGGGAGGCGGAGUUCCUGCUCCCUACCUGUGUGCCCGGAUGAGGACUGAACUGCAGCUCAGAGAGGUACCUGCUCAAGUCAAGGUUUGAUGACACCUGCCACUCAACGUCCAGGUGCUGUGCACAGGUUGGGGUCGUCUGGUCGAGGGUUACAGAACCACCAGAGGCAAUGGCCACGUGGGCCACGAUCGGGUCGGGGAGGGACUUGAGAAUCUGAUAGAGACUUGAGAGCUUCUAGCCCAGUGGUUCUCGACCUUCCUAAUGCC